CCUUUACAGUGGAGGAAGGACUCAAACUCCCAAGAUGGCGGCGGCGUCUGAGGAGCGGAUGGCUGAGGAAGGAGGCGGUAGCCACGGCGACGGCGGCUCCUGUUCGGCCUCCGGCUCCGCUCAGCGACAGCCCCCGCCAACCCCGUCGCAGGCCCCGCAGCUGGGAUCCCAGGCACCCGCGGCGCCCGCGCUGGCUCCGGACCAUCUGCCUCAAAACAACACACUGGUGGCGCUGCCCAUCGUAGCCAUCGAGAACAUACUCAGCUUUAUGUCCUACGACGAAAUUAGCCAGCUCCGCCUGGUUUGUAAAAGAAUGGACUUGGUCUGUCAGAGAAUGUUGAAUCAGGGAUUUCUGAAAGUGGAGAGGUACCACAAUCUAUGUCAGAAGCAAGUUAAAGCACAACUGCCAAGGAGAGAGUCAGAAAGGAGAAACCAUUCCUUAGCUCGUCAUGCAGAUAUCCUUGCUGCCGUGGAAACAAGGCUGUCACUGUUAAAUAUGACUUUCAUGAAGUAUGUGGACUCCAACCUCUGUUGCUUCAUACCAGGAAAGGUAAUUGAUGAGAUUUACCGUGUUCUGAGAUACGUCAAUUCUACCCGAGCCCCUCAGCGAGCCCAUGAAGUGCUACAGGAAUUACGGGACAUCUCCUCCAUGGCCAUGGAGUACUUUGAUGAGAAGAUCGUUCCCAUUCUCAAGAGGAAAUUACCAGGAUCAGAUGUGUCUGGAAGACUCAUGGGCUCUCCUCCAGUUCCCGGACCAUCUGCAGCCCUGACGACAAUGCAGCUCUUCUCCAAGCAGAACCCUUCGAGACAGGAGGUCACCAAGCUCCAGCAGCAGGUUAAAACCAAUGGUGCUGGUGUGACUGUCCUCAGGCGUGACAUUUCUGAGCUCCGCACCAAAGUGCAAGAACAGCAGAAACAGCUUCAAGACCAAGACCAGAAACUGCUAGAGCAGACCCAGAUCAUAGGUGAACAGAACGCACGGCUGGCAGAGCUGGAGCGGAAGCUUCGAGAAGUCAUGGAAAGUGCAGUAGGAACAUCCUCAAGUUCUGGGCAGGGUGAGGACUCUCCUCGGAAACGAAGGAAGGCGACAGAAGCCAUAGACUCUCUUAGGAAAUCCAAACGACUUCGGAACAGGAAGUAAAUUGGAAUGUGGCUGUAGCUCUGGGGAAGAUGUCUGUGGCCGGGAGUUUAAGCAGCUCUUCCUGUGAGGAUACUGGAGCAACAUGGCGUCCCUUAGGCUUCCAGGCGAUCAGAACACAACUUACACUUGGCUCUUGUGGUUGGCGUCCCUUCUCGCGCUUCUCUGGUGGAGCUGAUGCAGAGAACCUCUUACUUUGCAAUAGAUCUGUACUAACCAGACCCAUGCUAUCAUGUUUGGGAGCUAACGUUUUUCCUGUGCAGAUGAUGUGUUAAGUUUGUCUGUUUCAGCAUAUAUGCACAUUACAUACGAUUUUAACAAACCAUUCUGGACAGACUCAAAGUUAAGUUUAAUACAUAAAAUGUCCUGUUCACUUGAAAGAAAAAAAUCUACUUUUUAAAUGGACACUAUCUUGUUUUAUUUUUUUUUUUUUAAAGGUUGACUUUUUGUUUGUUAUAAGUGACCUUUGUCUGGAAUGUCUGAGAAGUUAGUAGUGUGCUGUUGCAGUGGUGGGUAAGGAAGGCCCGCAGAGUGUUACUGUAGAGGCUCUACAGUACUGACUAUAUUUUUAUAAGCUACUGGCAAGGGAUGUUUCCAGUUAUUCGAUACAAGCUUUCAGUUCUCCUUGGGGCCAUGGAUGGGUGCAUGCAUUGCCUAGUCAGCUCUUGCACUGGUCCAUCUUGACCUCUGCAUCACUUGCAGAGCUGCGCCUUCGCUUACUGUCUUCCUCUGCAGCGGCUUGCCUGGAGGGGAGAAUUGGCAGUCCAUUUGUCCUCCCGUUUCGCAGGCACAAGAGACUGUAGAGUCCAUUGAUGUGUCCUUUCUCUGUAGGGUUCAGGUACACUGGCCAAGCCUCUUUGUGUAGAUGUCAGACCUCUGGGAAGCAGUCAUGAGGCUGACUCGUCACUGUGCUCAUGGGUCAACCAUGACGAAUAGGGACCCAACUGAAGGAAAGUUCCUUGAAGAAAAUGUGCCGUGAAAUUAGUUUGAUCAUUUCAUAUCUAAGGGCUGAGCUGGGUGAAGCCUUUGAAUACCACUUUCGAGCUCCCACGAUAACUCUGACAGAAACUUUAGAUUUCUUUGCACUGUUUUGAGCUCGUAACUGGAAAAGUGUGUCUUGCACUGUCCAACCUUCUGAGUGGUCACCUUCACACUCUCCAAAUUGUGUAAAGUGGUUCUUUUCCCCGUUGUAUAUUUUUGAAACACCCAACAAUCACUGUCCUAUUUUAUUUUAAUGUACUAAAUUAUGUAGUUCUUUUAACCAUCUGUGGCUUUGGGCUUCAGUAUUUAUAGUAAUUUAGCUGUGAGAUAGUCAAAACUAUCCCUUUCCAGGUGAAAGUUGGCGCCUGUGGAAAACUAAGGUUUGGUAAUCCCACAGUGGGAGGGAAGCAUGAGGGUGUCCUCCGUCCAGCACGCUGUGUUGUGCAUCCUUUAGGCUACUUUCACCGAGUGACACUUCCUGCCCCUUAGGAUUGUCCCCUCAUGAUCCUGCCCUUCCUUGGGUUUUGUUCAAGUCUGGCUUUGAAGGUCCGUUUACGAUGUAGUGUGUUUCAGUGAGAAUCCGCAACAUGGCAUCCAAGUGUCUCGUGGUUUGUUGGGAAGGUAAUUUUAAAAUAAACAGUUUCCUAAAAUGAUUUGUCAGCCCAGGUCAUCCAUAACGGUCCUUGUCUAGAACUUGUUUUCUCAGCAGGUCUCACUUUUGCAAUUCUAGGACAUAGCCAUAUCACUGUAGCCUUGGAGGAGGCCUAUUGGGCACUCAGAGCUUGACUUUCUUAGUCUACUGUUGUGGUAGAAGAAGACUUUGGUAAGCAUCAAAGUACAGGUUUUCAGAGUAUAAUCUUAUGCAUCAAAGAAAUAAGCCUCAAAUUAGUUCUUCAGUAAUUAAAAGUUUCUUUCAAACUACAUCUAACUAGCCUAAAUGUAAUCACUAGUCUUCCAUUUGUUGAUGUGAGUGCCUGGCUUUCACAGUGAGCAUCCACAGUAAGAAGGGACAUGUCUGCUGCACACGCCCGUGGUCUGCCCAUCAGAUUUGCACUUGUGUCAUGAGUAUCCAUAACUAUGAGAAUAAAGUGCUACAGCUCGCUUGUCUUGAGCUUUACUCAGAGUAGCUAACUCAGGUCAGGCAGUUGUCUUCUCCACUUAAUACAGUGCUUUGGGAUAGCACAGUAGCAUCUAGAGUUUUCCAAAUCACGCAUUAUUAAUAGCUAAAACUGACUUGCCAUGGGAAAACAGCCCGCCUCCUGAGAGAGGCGUCUUGCAUUUCCUGGCAGAAGCUUACAUGCUGUGGGUGGUUGACAGCUCAUUUCAGAAAGUAUCCCCACCGAGAAGUGGUUCCUCUGUGUGAAUGCCUCGUUCCCAUGUAUAAGUUCAUCCAUGGUACACACUACACACAGGCAUCCAAGCAUGACAAGACAUGGAUGGGAGGUGAAGAGGACUGGCCCCUUCCCGCAGAGCCCUGCUCACCUCCCGUGUCCAGUGUACUUACACCACUCUUCAGAGUUCCCAUCUGACGUAGAGAGCCUGGCGGUAACGGGGGGUUGUAGAGACUACUGGGGUACCCCAGGUCGAAAGCCAAUGAUUUAGAAUCAACUUUUUUUUUUUUUUUUUUUUGUAAAACAUGUUUUUGGAGUACUGAAUUUCACAGGGGCUUGCCUUAAUUUAGUAGUUUCAAGAGGUAUGUGCUACUAGUCUAUGUGUUGAAAUGUUAAAAUAUUUUAUGUAGCCCAAGAGUGGGUAAAACAGUUUAAUGCCUACAUAAAUAAGCUAAAAGGUGUCACUGCAGCUGGGUUUUUAGAGAGUGGACAUACAAGAAAUAGGCUAUGCGCCAUGAACGGGAACUAUGGCACCUUGGGGUUGCACUGUUCCAUGCACUGUUUUCUAUGCCAUUUCAUAGCCUGCACUUUAACCUCCAAAGAAAUGCUGUGUGCUGCCCGUUCCUAGUCGGUGAGCGCAUUCCUGAGACGGCACUAAUCCUAUCAUUUCUCUGUGCUGAGUUAGUUUCCUUAGCUGUCUUCCUCAUCUGAGUUCUCUGCUUCUUUAGCCAUAAUACUUUGUAGGAGCUGAGAACUCGUGUCCCCUCAGCUUCCAACAGCGUAACGUUUUAGUUUAAAGUAAACCUCAUCCUUGGUGGUCAGCCCAGUCCUAGAUCCUCUUCUAGCGGUGACUACCUCUUUUUUCUUAAACUGAACCCUCAGAAAGUAGACACCGUGAGAUUUGCAAGCAGGAAGGGAACACAGGAAAAGACACAGCUGCUUGGAAGUGACGGAUUCUAACAGGAAAUUUACUGUUCUGUGCUUUGGCUUGAGAUCUACAUGAGUUUCUUUAGGGCACAAGACGUUCAGUUAAAACUACUUAAACAGAGCCCGCCAUCUGCAGGAAGCUGUUUUCAACAAACGCUGUAAGCCAACAGUGACCAUUGCUGGUGGAGUGUGGCCGCCGGCUGCUCUCGCUUUGAGUAAGCUAAAUAUCACAGACGAGAACUCAGGCAAGCUUGAGUGAUGUUGGCUUUUCCCAAUUUCCUAAGAACCCUAGUUAUAUUUCUGAAGCUCAAGCACUAAAUCCACCUUUUACCGCUGUGUCUGAAGAUAGCCACACGCUUUAGCAUAGGAAUCCAACCAGGCUAUUAUUGCCAAAGUCUAGUGGUUCAUACUGCCAAAAGGUUUUAACGUGUUGAAGAUUCCUUUAUGUGGUACCAUAUGUCUGUUUACUUAUGCUCAUGAGCAACAAUAAACCACUAGUUUACCUUGUGGAAUUUUCAUUGUUGUGACCUAAUCAAUUAUGGGAAGGUGAGAAAAAGCACCUCCCAGUCACACAGCAGGGCACAGAAAUAAAUGUGUUGU